UGAGUAGGUCAGUGACAUUUUCGAAUUUCGUUGCUGUUUGUUAGUCUUGUACAAAUUCUUAGUUUUUCCAAGGGCUUUUUAUACCGAAAUGGGAAUACAUCACAUCAUCAACGAAGCAGACUACAGAGCACAGAUCCUACAGGCCGGUCGAAAUUUGGUUGUAAUUAGGUUCUUUGCCACUUGGUGCGGACACUGUACAAUGGUCAAACCAGCAAUUGAAAACUUGCACAACGAAUUCAAAAGUUCCGUGGUCUUCCUCGAAGUUGACAUUGAUGAGAAUGGGGAUAUCACCCGACAGGAAUACGUAGUCGGUGUUCCUACUUUCGUAUUUUAUAAGAACAAUGCGCGAGUGGACGUAACGACGAGCGAAGCCAAGCUGCGAGAGAUGAUAGCCAAGCACAAGUGAGGUCAGAAUUGAAACGAAAAGAAUUUAGUCUUUGAAAUUCGGUUGUGACAGACUAAUUACACGUUGAAAUUGAAGCCAGACUUUU